AUGGAUUUCUAUGAUCAUGGCUACGAAGAAAACAAACUUGGGAUGACCGUAACGAGUGGUUGUGUGAAACUUAAAAAGGACCCACAGAAUCUAGUGGGUAUAAGUAUUGGAGGGGGAGCCCCAUACUGUCCAUGCCUUUACGUUGUUCAAAUAUUUGACUCCACGCCAGCUUCAGAAGAUGGUAGUCUUCAAGCUGGGGACGAAAUAACUGGUGUCAAUGGCAUAUCUGUAAAGGGCAAAACUAAAGUGGAAGCUGCUCGACUUAUUCAAAGUUUCAAGGAUGAAGUAAGAAUUAACUAUAACAAACUUCAUGCAGACCCAAAACAAGGAAAAACGCUAGACUUAAUACUAAAAAAGGUAAAACAUCGUAUUGUUGAAACAAUGGAAUCUAGUACAGCCGAUGCUUUAGGUCUAAGCCGAGCUAUUCUUGUAAAUGAUGGUAUGGUUAAAAAGUUGGAAGAACUCAAUAAAACAUCAAAUGUGUUUUCGGGUAUGGUAAAUCAUGCAAAAAAAUUGUUACGUGCAAUCUAUGAACUUUCUCGUGUCUAUGCUGUGUUGGGAGACACCUUUUCAGAAAUUGGUGUUAAAGAGCCUAUGGCAUGCACAAGCGAAGCAUUUACUCAGUUUGGUACGAUUCAUCGAAGUAUGGAGCGUUUUUCGAUUGAAAUGUUGAAAAAGAUUAAGCCAAUGAUCAUGGAUUUAAACACAUUUCUACAUAAAGCGGUUCCUGAUACAAAGUUAACAAUCAAAAAGUAUUUAGAUGUCAAAUUUGAAUAUUUGUCAUAUUGCCUUAAAGUAAAGGAAAUGGACGAUGAAGAGUACGGUUUUGCUAUGGUUCAAGAACCACUAUAUCGUGUAGAAACUGGAAAUUAUGAAUAUAGACUUGUUUUAAGAUGUCGACAGGAUGCACGUACACGGUUCGCUAAGAUGCGCAAUGAUGUUUUAGUAAAAUUAGAAUUGUUGGAUAAUAAACAUGUACAAGAUAUUGUGUUUGAGUUACAACGUUUCAUCGAUGCUAUGGCCACCUACCAUGAUCAGUGUUAUGGUGUCAUGAAGCAAAUUAAAAUUUUCCCACUUGAAGUGGAUCUGGCUAGAGAUGCAUUUGCGUACAACCUAGGGAUUUUUAAUACAGGCGAAGAUGAAGGCGGUGAAGAUAUCGAUGAGGAUGUAAUCAGUGCUGAGUCAGUUGGAGAAAAAUCUGUCAGUAGCAAGUAUAACCAGUUAACUGACGAUGUCAAAUUAAUAGACUUGGCAGGAAUAAAUCCCAAUAGCCGAUAUUCUGAUAAUGAGGGUGAUGACGAGGUGUUAGAUAUGAACAACUGGAACUCCUUAUCUACUUGGGGUCCUCAUACAGGCGACAGUAAGUCGAAUAAACAGGAUGCUGUUACAGACUUGCUUUGUUUUGACUAG